CUCCUGGCUCGCAUCUCUUCCGCCCUCAUCCCGCACAUCCCGGGCCUCAUCGCAGGACAUUCUAUGCAGAUACCUCGCAAAGCCAUGCAUCCAAACCGCCGUGCUGCUCCGUCAUCUGGGGCUCGAGCCGCAGCCAGGAAAGCCGUCGCAGCUCGCCUCUCGCCCGCUCUCGUCCUGGUUGUUGUGUUGGCUCUGGCCCUGGGUGUGGACGCUCAAUGGCGAGCGGGACAGGCCACACAUUACGGUCCCUUCCCCGACUAUUUGCCGCUCUCGGAAGCCGGUUACCAGGCCAACGACGUCGGCGUGGGCUGCUCCAACGGCCAGCCCGGCGGCGACCCACACUGGAAUGCCAUCCUGAGCAAGGGCGUCUAUCCGCCCCUGAACAACUCCAUCAACAUUGGCACCGUCUGGCCAAAGACUGCCACGGUCGCCGUCUCAGAAGCAAUGUACGGCUUUGCCAACAAAGACAAGGUGUGCUGGUCGACUCUGACGAUCCGAAACGCCGCCAACCACAGCCAGACGGUCCAGGCGAUCGUGGUUGAUUUUUGCCCGGCCAAUGGAUGUCUCUGGCCCGCGGACCAGCUCGCCAACAACGUCGAUCUGUACGGCGAGGCCACCUGGAACGCUCUCGGAGGCGGGCUGCUGGACGGAACGGUCAACAUCGAAAUCAUCUGGCCGGCGAACCUGAACCCCAACGCCCAGCCCAUGAGCGGCUGGGCCAUCUUUGGCAUCGUUGCGGGAGUGCUUGUUGCCCUGGGCAUUGUCGGGUUUGUGGUGUACCGGCUGCGAUGGCGCCACCGACGACACCGGCCCUCGCAUGUCAUUCUGCCGCUCAAGGUCACUGCACCGGGCAAGUAGGAGAUUGAGGCGCUGCGGGGGGGCCAUCGACUCUGGGGAUCGGCCUUUGCUCAUACGAUGCUGUAACACGAAUCGCUCUCGCUUGAA